AUGUCCUCGUCCAAAGGAUCCUCUGUUGUCGACCUCGUCCCCAUCUUCAAUGGCACCAACUUCGUCAUGUGGGAGCAGAGCAUGAAGGCUUAUCUCAUGCAGCAGGGGCUCUGGCAUAUCAUCAAUGAUGCUCGCCCCGAUACCCCAGCCUCCGGCGAUGAGGAAGCCGUGAAGAUAGCCAAGGAGGACCGCCAGCGGUCCUAUGACGAGAAGAGCGACAAGGCCCUUGGCUCCAUCCUCCUGCGCGUCUCCGAAAGCAUCCGCCAAACGCUGAAGGACCAAGACGAGCCUGACAAAGUCCUGGACCUCCUUCGCCGCAACUACGGCCAGCAGCGUGUCGGCAACGCAUACUCCGACUUCGUCUCUAUGCAGCGGGUUCAGAUCCCAGACGACAAAUCCCCCGUGCCAGCGCUUAACGAGCUGCAGGCCUGUUGGGACCGUCUUCAGCAGAUCAAGGUCCGCCCUUCCACGGGUAAAUCCUCGGACCCAUCCACCGAAUCCCUGCCGAAGUGGCUCUUUGGUAUGAUGCUUCUGUCGAAGCUCCCGAAGAACCUGGAGGUGGUUCGCCAGAACCAUGCGAAUACCGACCCUGCGCAGAUCGACCCAGAGACGAUCAGGACGGCCGUCAUUAGCGCCUGGGAGUCUAACUCUCUGCGCAAGAGGAGCCAGCCACCUGAUGCCAAGCGCAUCACUGCCAUCAAAAAGAAGAAUGGCGAUAAACCCUUCGACGCCCAGCUGAAGAAUAACCGUGACAAUAACUCCGGUUCCAGCGGCUCGAACCAGCAAUCCUCCGGGUCCAACAACAAGAAGCGAGGGAAGCGCGGUGGUAACAAAAAGAAGAACCACUCGCAGCACACCCAUAUCGCUGAUGUUGACUCUGAGGAUGGGAUGCACGUCAUCGCAUCGGGAGUCUCGCAUAUCGCGAGCGUCGCCUCUGUCCCUACUCCUGGAGUACCUGGUCCUACCGACAUGCGCAUGCAUCGCCCCGUCGUCAAGUCUAGCGGCAAGCCCUCCGUCUACCGCGAUGUACAGGCCGGCUUUGAGAUCGCUCACGCUCUUGGUAUCCCUACCACGAGCAAUACGCUCCGCAACAUCGAGCUCGAUUUCAACGCCGCCAAGUCAUCGCUGCCGCCUCCCUCACAGGAGGAGUGGCAUGCCUACUUAGAGGAACGCGCCGACUUCCGUCUGCAAACCUAUGGCAAUGCGUUUAGCGACGACGACGACGUGGACGACUUCUACCCCCCUAUUAAGAAGAUGCGCCUAGAAGAUCGGAUUUCUGAGGGCUCGAGCGACUCCUUCAUGCAAAGCAUAGGGAGUGCCGAAGUAGCGGACACGACCGGAGCGCCGACCUUAACGGGUCAGGCUGCCGAAGGUUCUUCCUCUGAGCAGGACAUCGCGGCUCCCAUCCCAGUUGGCUGCCAAUCGCUGCUCGACAUCUUCGCCGACAGCGAUGUGGACAUGGUCUCUACCGGUCACGUCGAGAUCGACGACCUGUUCCCCUUUGGCGACCAGUUUGUGGAGGAUGCGAGCGCGCUCCCUGAGCCUGCGCACUGGGCCGACCGCCCUUGGGCUGAUGACGGACGCAUGUAA